GAAGGGUUUAUAGAAAUCAGAAGCCCAAAUCCCAAAUCCAAAUAGAGGAGUUCAUUUCUGUUGAGCACACGUUCUUAUGCGUAUUGUUUCCUGAAUCUUCUAGCCGUCGAUCAUAAUACUCUGCAUAUCUGCUGAUCUAACUGAAAAUGGAACCGAUCGUGUCAAUCGCCGUAGUCACCUCUCUCAUUCUCGGAGCUCUGAUCGCUUUUAUCGCCUUCGGCACCUACUUUCGCAACCGCAAAUCCGAAAUCGUUUCCAUCGCUAAUCCCGCCGAUACGGCGCCGUUGAAUCUGAAGAAUUCAAAGCCUCAUCAAACUAAAAAAUCUCACGCUAAACCUCAUCAAUCUCAUGCUGAUAAGGAUUUGAACAAGCGCCAUCACCCAUUAGACUUAAAUACUUUAAAAGGUCAUGGGGAUUCCGUCAAUGGCCUAUGCUUCUCAUCGGACGGACAUAGUUUGGCUACUGCUUGUGAUGAUGGUGUAGUCAGGGUAUUCAAGCUGGAUGACGCUUCAAGCAAAAGCUUCAAGUUUAUGAGAAUCAACCUGCCAGCUGGAGGUCAUCCAACUGCAGUUGCAUUUGUUGAUGAUGCUUCUUCGGUUGUUGUGGCUUCUCAAAGUCUCACCGGAGCUUCUCUAUACAUGUAUGGAGAAGACAACCCAAAAGGCGGUGAAAAUCGGCAGCACUUUAAGCCUGAACUUAAGUGGGAGCAACAUAAUGCUCAUGAGAAAAAGUAUAUUCUCACUUUAUUUGGAACUAAAGCUACCCAUGGUGCUGCUGAUGGAAGUACAAUAGUUGCAUCAAGUUCAGAGGGAACUGAUAUUAAACUAUGGCAUGGAAAGUCCGGAAAGAUGUUGGGAUUUGUCGACACAAAUCAGCUUAAAAACAAUAUGGCCACUGUAUCUCCAAAUGGCCGAUUUAUUGCUGCCGCCGCUUUCACGGCUGAUGUUAAGGUUUGGGAGAUAGUGUAUUCGAAGGAUAGUUCAGUUAAAGAGGUUACAAAAGUUAUGCAACUGAAAGGCCAUAAGAGUGCUGUUACAUGGCUGUCGUUUACACCCGACUCGGAAAGGAUCAUUACUGCAUCAAAGGAUGGCUCAAUAAGAGUGUGGAACAUUAAUGUUCGAUAUCAUCUUGAUGAGGACCCAAAGACUUUGAAAGUGUUUCCGAUUCCACUUCAUGACUCAAAUGGUACUGCAUUGCAUUACGAUCGUCUCAGUAUAUCCCCCGAUGGAAAGAUUUUGGCUGUAACUCAUGGCUCAUUACUACAAUGGCUAUCUGUUGAAACUGGGGAAGUAUUAGAAACCGCUGAUAAAGCACAUGACGGUGACAUCACGGACAUCGCAUGGGCACCUAAACCUAUUCCUGUAGGAGACAAACGCGUCAGUAUAUUAGCCUCAUCAAGUGUCGACAAGAAAGUGAAGCUGUGGGCGAGCCCCACGCUUUGAUGACCCCGGAAGCACUUUGCAACGGUACAAUCUUAUACCAACCAACCAACCGGCAUGAAAGCUCUUUUAUAAAGUUCUUUCGGGUUUUGGAAGAUUACAGAUCUCACAAGGAUCCUACACUAGAAACCACAUGUGUUUCAACCAUGAGUUGUGUGAAGUGGUCGGGGGUUCAAACUCCCAUCUUGAACAUCAGUGUAGUUUAGUAGGUAUGCGAGUUUGUUUUUGAAUAACGAAAAACACCGGCUCUUUUUUACAGGUUCUAACUUUUGGUUGUUGCUAUACAUUUUGAACUUAAUUUGUUUUUGUUUUCUUUUAA